AUUUAGCUACAAAGCCCUUCUGUACAUCUCUCGAAGGGGGCUGAAUCGUUGAGCUCGCGUGCUUACCGAACAUGCAGGGAUGGUUGUCAAUAACUGGGUCCAACAGGUUUUUUGAGGGGAACCGUGUUACCAGACACUCGGGACUUUGUGGUAACAAGAAGGUUAUUGAAAGAGACAGAAUGAGGAAGUUCCUGUCUUACAUCCUCUGGGCUCUGCUCUGCUGCUGCUGCUGCUGGACAACACAGGCAGAGAUCUUCACUUCCAUAAGCCAAAUGACAGACCUGAUCUACACAGAAAAAGAGUUGGUCCAGUCUCUGAGGGAAUACAUAAAAGCAGAAGAGUCCAAGCUUGCUGCUGUCAAAAGCUGGGCCAACAAACUUGAUGAUCUGACCAGAAUGUCCACCUCUGACCCAGAGGGCUACUUGGCCCACCCAGUAAACGCCUACAAACUGAUGAAGAGACUAAACACAGAGUGGUCUGAACUGGAGAGCCUGGUGCUUCAGAACCCCUCUGAUGGGUUCAUUUCCAACAUGUCCACACACAGACAGUACUUCCCAGAUGAAGAGGACGAGACGGGUGCAGCCAAGGCCUUGAUGCGUCUUCAGGACACGUACCAACUGGAUUCUGAGGCCUUCUCCAGAGGAAAGCUGCCAGGUAUGCACUCCAGUGCCCUACUGACAGUGGACGAUUGCUUCGACAUGGGAAAGACAGCUUAUAAUGAUGCGGACUAUUACCAUGCUGUGCUGUGGAUGCAGCAGUCCUUGAAGCAGCUGGAUGCUGGGGAGGAAGCUGUGGUUUCCAAGGCGGACAUUUUGGACUACCUCAGCUACUCUGUUUACCAAAUGGGAGACCUACCUCGAGCCAUUGAGCUGACACGCCGGCUAGUGGCUAUUGACUCCAGCCACCAGAGAGCAGGGGGAAACCUCCGUUAUUUUGAGCGGUUACUGUUCAAGCAGCUCAAUGAGCUGAACCAGGCCUACCAGCCUGCCUCUGAGGAGCCCAUCCAGCUGGGAACCUACAGCAGACCUAAAGACCAUCUCCCAGAGAGAGAGGCCUAUGAGUCCCUCUGCAGAGGAGAGGGGCUCCAAAUGAACGAAGUGAGGCGUAGCCGUUUGUUCUGUCGCUACCAGGAUGGUAAGAAGAAUCCUCGUCUCCUGCUGAAGCCCAUGAAAGAGGAGGAUGAGUGGGACAGCCCCCAUAUCGUACGCUACCUGGACAUCCUGUCAGAUGAGGAGAUUGAGAAGAUUAAGGAGCUGGCUAAACCCAGGCUUGCCAGAGCUACUGUCCGUGACCCCAAAACAGGCGUCCUGACUACAGCCAACUACAGAGUAUCAAAAAGUGCAUGGUUGGAAGGAGAGGAUGACCCUGUCAUUGAAAGAGUCAAUCAGAGAAUACAAGACAUCACAGGCCUUACAGUAGACACUGCAGAGUUACUACAGGUUGCUAACUAUGGAGUUGGAGGACAGUACGAGCCACAUUAUGACUUCUCGAGGCGCCCUUUUGACAGCAACCUCAAGGUCGAUGGAAAUAGACUUGCAACCUUCCUAAACUACAAAGAUGAGCCUGAUGCUUUCAAAAGAUUAGGCACUGGAAAUCGUGUGGCAACUUUUUUGAACUACAUGAGUGAUGUCGAGGCAGGAGGUGCCACGGUCUUCCCUGACUUUGGAGCAGCAAUCUGGCCAAGAAAGGGGACGGCAGUGUUCUGGUAUAAUCUGUUCAGGAGCGGGGAGGGAGACUAUAGGACCCGGCAUGCAGCCUGUCCUGUCUUAGUAGGAAGUAAAUGGGUGUCAAACAAGUGGAUUCACGAGCGAGGACAAGAGUUCAGGAGACCCUGUGGCCUGACAGAAGUGGACUGAAGUUUGACCCACACCUAAGGAACAUGCAAACACACACACACACACACACACACACAGUAGUGCCUUAAUUCUGGCAAUGAUGCAACUCACAGACACGUUCUACAACACUUCAGUGUUCGAUCCCUUAACUUGUCUGCAUGAUUAAGAAAUUAUGACACGGUAGUCUGGGAUCUGGCUGGAUAAUCUCUUCUCUCUUUUUACCGGAAGAUACAGAACUCAGUUCUCUGCCAUGCAUCCUCACACCACCCCCACUUAAUUAUAUAAGUGACUUACAUUAAGAAUUUAAUAAAAAUGUGUUCUGUAAAUAGGAUUAACUAUUGAACAUCAAAACAACACAAAACUGUAACAGUGCAAUCUUGGUUUACCAAUGUACACCCAUUUUAUAGUCAUUAAAAUCAAAUUUGAAAUUAAAUUACUGGUAGAUCCAAAUGUGUGAGCCUUCAGCCAAAUCUUUUUUCCACUGAUACCAAAAACUAAUAUUUGUGUGUUUUUGCUCUCAGGUGAACAGUUUGUAACCCAAACUGCUCCAAAGCUUAAGCUAAUAUCUUAACUGUUAAAAACACCAAAACAUACAGGAGGUGUGACGAAAACCAUGGUGCCAGAGCAGGUUAUUCAGAUAUAUUUCAAUUUAAUAUGCACAUUUCUUAAAGAAAAGGUUUGAUUUCCAUACAUUUAACAUAUUUCUGAAUAAAAAGCAGCAACUAAGUGAAGAAAAAGUUCUGUAGAUAAUAAUAAAAAUGUUGGUGGUGAUGGACUCAGACUUGUGGACCCAACUGUAGAGUUUGCACCACAUUCAGAUAUUACAAAAUACACCAGAAUUGACUACCUAUUACCUCUGCUACGUAAUGCUACAACAUGAACACAUUUUCAAGUUAUUCAGUACAUUUUUGGGAAGGACUGAAAACACAUUCAUAAAUAUUUGGCUGCCAACUAUCAGAAAUGUCCAUUUACAAAAACACCUUGGGUGCAAAGUAAAACUAUAGGCUGGUAUUGGCUCUAUUUAGAGGUUAAGUUGGGAAACAGUCUAAGAAAAACAACUUCUCUCUGUUAUUUAAAAUAAAAAAAUAGAUAAUAGAAAAAGAUUUUUAGGGAAUAAUGGAAAAAACAUCUGAAGUUACCAUCAGUCUUUUAGAAACAAAUUGACUAUCUUCAUUUCUAACAGCUUUAUCUUGUGAUUCAAAGGAGACUAUUCUCCUGUCACUCCAUUCUUUACCAUUUGCACCCAAAGUGUUUUAUUCUCCUUCAAACCUGACAGAGAAAUACAUUUCCUCCAAAUCAAGUUCAUGACGUUUUUAUUUAUAGUGUUUAAAUUAUUACAUUACAUUAUUAUUACAUUGUGUGCUCUUUCUGCAAGAUGGCAAACAAGCAAGUCAAUAAACACUGUCUUUUAUUAAAA